AGUGUGAGUGGGAGAGAAAGAGAGAGAGGGAGAGAGAGAGAGAGGUUGUCAGGGAGGGGGAAACGAGACAGUAAGCAAGAUUGUGCCUGCUCACAGACACAAAGGACAGCACAUUGCACGGCUAAAGAAGACAGCAAUGGGUGGAGACAGGGUGGAGGAAAGAACAGGGAGAUAUUGAGAAACCGACAGGAACUCCUCCAGACAGCAAGAGAGCUUGCCAACUACAGCCACCAUUAUCUCUCUUUUUUUUUCAUCUGCGUCAAUAGGGGGGGAAAAAACCUUUGCAUAAUUUAUCAACCUCUCCGUGUGUGGUUUUGCGGAGCUCUACGUCAUGCUAGGUUCAGCUCCCACGGUUGGCUGCUUUCUGGCGGUGUUGGCGUUGGACCUGGGCCUCGUGCCGGGCCUGACACUCUCUGCGGAGAAGGAUCCAGGCUUUUCCCUCUGCAGCCACUGCUUCUACAGAGAGACCCCCCCUCUAGGGUUCUCUGAGGGGGGGCUCAGCCCCCUCUGUCACAGGUUGCCAGGGGGACAGGAGUUGGCCAUGCUCUACAGCCCGACCUGUGACACAGCUGUCUACUCUGCCUUCCGUCACAGCCGUGGUCGCGAGGAGAGAGAGGGAGAGGAGGAGGAGGGAGUAGAGGCUGUGCCGGGGACAGAGGAGACGCAAGACGAGCCUGUCGAGGAGGCUGCUGACGAUGAAGGGUCACAGAUAGACGUACCCCCGGGGUUAAUCCCAGCUCUACUGAGCAGCCAAGGGGCUGAAUCUACAGACUCUCCCCUUCACUCCUGGGAUUCCCUGGUCACAAAGGUGAUCCAAGACAGUUUCCUGCCCCAGUGUUCCUCCACAGGGCGUGAUGUCUUUGUCCUAACAGGGACCACGGGAGAAGAGUCAGGGGAGGGUUGUGAGACCACGGUGGUCUGGGCUGCAGUAUGCUGUGCCGGCCCAGAGACUGGGUUUAAUGUGGGGCUCCUUAGAGACACCGAAGGAGGAGAGAGGGUGGUGAGCGUGAAGGAGCUGGAGGAGACUGUUGGAGUGACAGAGCUCUUUUCAGGAGGGUGUGGGGGGGCAGGUGAGGAGGCAGAAGUGGGGGUAGCUACUCUGGUUGAGGAGGCUCUGGCUAGAACUGUAGAACAACAGAAGGCAGAGGGAACAGUAGCUGAUUUGACAGAGGACGAGGUCCCGAACGAGGUGCAGAGCUAUGCUGCACCCGUGGCCUCAGAGAGUCUCUCGUCUUCAGAAGACAACGACACGCUGGCUUCAGACACAGACUCGGACACAGAGUCCGGCAGCGCUCUGAUCUACAUCCUGUCCUCCUCCUUCUAUCUCUUCACCUCUCCCCUCCGGCCCGUCGUCUCCACCAUCACACAGCUUCCUGGACAGGUGACGUACGUGCUGCAGGAAGAUCUGGGAGUCCUCACGACCCUGCCUGGAGACACCCUCUCCCUCAUCCACCUGAUGGCCGCUGACCUGGCCUCUGGCCUGGGCUCGGCCAAGGACCUGCUGCUGGGCCUGGGGGAGAUGUCCUUCUCCUGCCUGUACUCUGUCACCGCUCCCCUGCUGGAGGCUCUGCUCACCAGCUGUCAGACUGGGGUCACGGGGAUGGGGACCCUGGCUGGAGAUGGGGUGGGCAUACUCGGAGGGAUGGUGGACAGUGCCUGGUGGGUGACCAGCUUGUUUGGGGGUAGGUUGUGGGAGCAGAGCGAGGGGUACGUGGGGGCUGUGGUGUCAGAGCUUGGGGGGCAGGCUACGACGGUGGGGGGGGGUCUGGGGACGCUGAUGUGGAGGUGUGGGAAUGGGGUGGGGAACGUUGUGAAGAUGGCUCAGGGUUUGGUGAUGGGGGGGGUGGAGGGUGUGGUGGGGGGGGUGACGGAGGCCUUUGGCCAGGAUUCAGGGUGAUUUGGGUUUAGCAAACAGCCAAUCACGUGGCACACCUUUAGCCAACAUGGAAACAUUUACCUGUUACAAUAGCAUGUGCCAAGCCGAGGCUAAGUUUAUGUGACAUGAUAUUAAUCUUGCCACCAACUCCCCACAAAAUAAUAUACAGACACCAUUGUUUAAUUAGUCAUUUAGCAGUCAUCUGCUAAAUGACUAAAUGUAAAAUGUUUACUUUCAAUGUUGCCAAUCCUAAAGUAGGCUAUUCCUUUGCAAGAUUAGUACAAACAGUUUGUUCAACUCAACUGCUCACUGUAUGUUAAAAUGACAUAAAUGAGUCACCUACUGUAAAUGGAAUGUGCUUAAGCAUUACAUUUAGGCUAUAGGCAGCUAGUAUGGUACAUAACUCGUAUAUUGAAAAUUGUAUACGGCCAUUUGAUCAAUGAUGUAUAUAAGAUUAUGGAUUUUCUCAAGACUUUCCACCUGAAGCCAAUUUUGUCUGUAUAUGUAGAAAUUGUUAAUUAAAUGCUGUGAGCUUCAACAGAG